UGAAUAUCUUUUAUUUAAUAUAUUAUCGGUGGUCAAAGCCCUGGGCACUCUGCUCUGGUUAGCCCUGAGGAAGGUGUUAGAGCAGAUGGCCUCCAGAGGUCCCUGACAAGUGAUUCUACAGAUCUGCCAUUUUGCUAUCUCUAUUUUCCAAAAAGGAAGAGUAUAGUGGGAGAACAAAAGGGGAAAGUAAGAAAAUCUUUUCUUUCUUGUCACAUAGCAUUCAUUCCUGUUAACCUUUCUGAUUGUUGCCAACCUUGUCAACAUAAGGAAUCUCAUUAGCUCAAUAGAUUUUUAUAGUCCAAUAUCAAGGCCAGAUAUAUUUCCACACAUGAUGUACAUUAGUCAGUAAUGUCUGUAGGGACAGGUUUUUGGAGCCUUGGGCCCCAAGCUCUUUGGAUAGAUCCAUGAAAACACACGAUGCUGUUUCUAUCACUUCUGGCACUUUGUCACCCACUGCAAUUUUCAGCCUCAGGUAAGAUGUUAACCAGAGUUAGGCUCAGGCAGAACAGGCAGAUAUCAGCUGGAGCUGGCUAACAACCAAUCUCUUUCCAUCUCUUCUUACAUGCCUGUGCCCUUCCCAGAUCUCAUGGAAUACUUCUAGCCCUACUCCUCUCUCCUGCUUGUGCUGCAUUUUGCACUUCUGAGGCAAUUAAACAGUUUUGCCUGACAACUGAGAAUCCCUGGACCGGCUUAGGUGAGAGACUGGAUUCCAAAAUGAGUCUGUUGAGCUUCACCGCUGACACAGGGAGAACUACAUAUCCAGGGACAGGAGGAGCAAUGGGGUGCAAGCCAGAACAGACCUAUCCCUUUACACUCAAAUCAGUGUUAAAUUUCAUCCAUAGAUCCAUGCUUUUCUCUAUCUGAGAGCACUCAGGAGUUGGAGAAAGCUUUACAAAAGGAUUUGAGGUUGAACUCGAAAGACUGAUGCUCCUCUAAGCAAGUUUUAGGUACUGAAGUGCAAGACUGCAACUCUGAAAAGAUUUGCUACUUUGUUCCCUAAUCCAGGAGGUGCCACAGCUUUUUCCUCAUCUCCAUGCUCCCAAAUGUAAGGCACUUGAAUCAAUAUAUGGUAAUGAAAUAUCACAUCUGUUUGUUUACAAAUGAUAUGUGAAUGUGACUGGUAUUGCACAUGUGCCAGCAGUUUAUAGCACAGUUAGUCAGAGAAAAGUUGAAAAUGAAGAAAAAGGAACAUUUCUAGGCAGAGGAGGAAAUGGGUGGGACAAGAUGAAGAAGAGAACAGGCUUAGUCUGCCUCCCCCCACUGAAAACGUGCAUAUAUAAGUAGUGAAGGAGAGAUUUCCCUUGCUCCCUGGCUGUCAUUCAUUCUCUGCUUUUCCCUGGGGACCAGACAGCAUCCCUCCAAGAUGUGGGCAAAGACGAUUACAGGGAACUUUGCCAACGUGAUUCAUGGUUUGAAUAAAAACCACCUGACAGAUGUGGUCAUUCAGAGAAGCAAGCGAAUGAUUCUGGAUACCCUUGGAGUAGGACUUCUGGGUACCAGCACCGAGGUCUGCCAGAAAGUCAAACAGUACAGCAAGAUCUACAGCUCGGAUAUAUCCAGCACCAUCUGGGGCCACUUGGAUUUCCGACUGCCUCCUCUGUAUGCAGCUUUUGUGAAUGGAGUGGCUGUGCACUCAAUGGAUUUUGAUGACACAUGGCAUCCUGCCACGCACCCAUCUGGGGCCGUGCUCCCUGCUGUGAUGGCUCUGUCUGAGGCCUUUCCUCAGAAGAAAAAGAUCUCAGGUCUUGACCUGCUCUUAGCUUUCAAUGUGGGAAUUGAGGUGCAAGGCAGGUUGUUACGCUUUUCCAGUGAAGCCAGGAAUAUUCCCAAAAGGUUUCACCCACCAACAGUAGUUGGUACAAUGGGGAGUGCAGCAGCUUGUGCAAAACUGCUAGCUCUUAACCAGAUGAAAUGUAAAAACGCCUUGGCUAUUGCUGCUUCCUAUGCAGGUUCCCCACUAGCUAAUGCAGCAACUCAAACAAAGCCCCUGCACAUUGGCAAUGCUGCCAAGCAUGGACUGGAAGCGGCUUGUUUAGCAUCACAGGGUCUUCAAGGAAACAAUCAGAUCUUGGACAUGGAGUCAGGGAUAGGUGCCUUUUAUACAGAUUACAACCCACAGACUCUGCCAACCUUGCAGUCCUAUCCCUGGCUGUUGGACCAGCAAGACGUAGCCAUCAAACGCUUUCCUGCUCAUCUUGGAACGCACUGGGUGGCUGAUGCAGCAUCUUCUGUAAGGAGGAAGCUUGUUGAGAACAGUGACAUAUUGCUUAUCCUUGAUAAAAUUGAGAAAGUUAUUGUAAAAGUCCCAGAGGUCAAAUACGUGAACAGACCCAACCCUAAUUCAGAACAUGAAGCUCGACACUCCUUUCAGUUUGUUGCCUGCUCUGCUUUGCUGGAUGGCAGCAUGUCCAUCCAGUCCUUUACCAGUGAGAACAUUCACCGGCCAGCCUUACAGAAGCUCCUCUGCAAAACACAGCUAGAGCACCCUUCUGAUAACAAACCCAGCUUUGAGAGUCUUUAUUGCGAAGUGACUAUUGUGCUUCGGGAUGGCAAUGCAAUUAGUGACCGCUGCAACACGUUCUAUGGACACUGGAGGAAACCUCUGACAAAGCAAGACGUGGAGAAAAAAUUUCAGUCCAAUGCUUCUGAAGUCCUUCCUGCAGAAGCCAUAGAAGGCAUUCUAGAGACUGUGUACAAUCUAGAAAAAGUAGAGGACUGUUCUGUAUUAAACAUGUUUUUGUCAGGACAGUCAGCUAGAGUACUUCCAGAGAAGCUGCACUUAAAACAUUCCAACUCAUAAAGCAAACAAAAUUCAGGAAAAGCUCUUAUUUAAUGACCAAAGCACCAAGUAAAUAAUUUAGAGAGAGCAUGCAUAGUUCAGUCAGAAGGGCUGAAAAUUACUUCAGCUAUCUUUAUAUGUUUAUAACGCUAAAGGUAGAGCAAUCCCAGCAUGCUGCACAAAAAAAAAAUUCCUUCCUCUUCUGAUAAAAAAAGUCUGUAUGUUCUGCUUCUACUUAAUCACUUCAUGAAGGAAAUACAAAUUCAUGGAAAUGCUACUGCGAGAAACACCACUAUGAGGACAGAAAAUAGAAGCCUUUACAUAUGUAUUGCUGUACAUUUAAUUAUACAACCUUCUUGAAGAGGCCACCUGCUAUGCCAGAACUUUGGUGUGUGUGCUAAAAGAAAUACAGUAAACUCAGUAACAGCACUUAACACUCCAAAAGACAUCACGCUUAGCUUUGGAGACUGGCAUUCUGGAACCAGCUUGCAGAGCAAGAGGGACAAUCCUAUGGUCCUAGACCUAAAAGCAUUAUUUCCCAGUCCCAUCUUCUGGCUGCUUCAUAGUAUGGGUUUAUUACUGCUGUGUUCCCACUUCAAUUACAAGGCACUGGCUUGAGAGGAAAUUCAGCCCCAUUUUCCCCAACAGCAGCCAAAGACACUUUUAAGGAAAUAUGUGCUUAGGCUGCGGGCUUUUUAUAUUUGGUAGGCAAGAAACAUUUUAAGAUGAGCUAGGUUAUGAUAGCCCUAUAUUUUCUGAUUGCAUAAAUGUGACUGUAGUCCUGUUAAAAGAUAUACCACACUCUUGCUGAAUGUUUGAAAGUUAAACAAAAACUGUUUCUGCCAUGCUGAGUUUAUGCUGUAUAUGUCUUUCUUGCUUUCAUAACCAUUCCGCACUGAUCAGGAUGCGAUCUUCAGAUUACUGCAAACAUUGCAAAGCAUGGGCUACAGUACAUUAGUUACUAUAGACUGAGAGCUGUAUGUAUCAAAACACUUCACAUGUUGAGACCACCAAGUGUCCUUAGGAACAGUCACCUUAACUUGACAACCAAAACCGUUCUCUGAAGUCUUGCCACUUGUCUUAAAAUGUAUAAAAUGUAUGUACAAAAACUAACAUCACAAAAUAAAACUAAUUUUAGUAAAUGAACCCUAAAUUAUUUCAUUUAUUAUUAUUUUAUUAUUUUCCACAUGCAAAGUAUUAAUCUGUACUUAAGCCUCUGACUCUUGGUUUAUAAAGUUAGUUUAUCAAAAAACAACUUUUUUCUUUUCUUUAUCCCUUUUGAUUAGAAAGCAAAACUGAAUUACUGGUCUAUGCCGAAGAUACACAUUGAGACACACAGACAUUUCCAGCCAUGUCAUCUGUAAUUAUACCUGGGUAAUGUCAAAUAUAAGUUACUGACAAUGAAUAGUGUUGUGAUUAAACCCCACUGGAUGAGGAAAGUGUCUGUAUUACCUUACCACAACUGAAUACAUUUGGAUUCAUAAAAAUAAAAUAAUAAACACAGUUCCAAUGAAUGUUUUCUAUGUUAAAGGUAA